AUGAUUAUGUCCUCUUACCACCAUCCUGUGCCUUACUCUCACCACAAUCAAAUAGCAGCCUCUAUCAAUAAUCUUGCUCAAGGACAUCCUUCUACUGCCAGUUCUACUUCCACUACUAGCGUCGUCGCCGGCACUAAUCCCAUUACCAACUCAACAAUAUUCUCACCUAAGCAAGCCCAGCUAUCAAUUGUAAGCCCACCAAUAUCCAACAGGGCAUCUUCUCCAGAAGAUUCAUCAAGCAUCGUGUCUAACUCCAUCGUCCCAACAUCUGGCCCAAAAAGGGCCAGAGUCACCGGAUCUAAAUUAGCUAUCUUGUUAUCCGAAUAUGAUAUCAAUCCUAACCCAUCGCCAGACUCCAGAAAAUUAAUCGCCGCCAAAGUCGGGCUUGCCGAGCGGUCGGUAAGAAUUUGGUUCCAAAAUAGAAGAGCCAAAAACCGUAAAGAACAACGCGAACGUGAUGCUCGUGGCGGUCAUGGCUUAAUGGAUCCAUCGGUGGUCACCGGGUCGUCCCGCGGAAUUUACAAUUCGCUUACAGCCCCUCAUGAUCUUGGAAGAGUUAUCCCCGUCCAUAUCAACCAUCAUUACGAUUUCAUCCACGCAAACUCCAUCACCAUUGGUGCAUGGCAACGGAUCAAACAAGACCUGGCCAUCAACCACCAUUUCCAACCUCAGUUGCUCUCGCUCUCUCCAAUCAGUGUCGAAGCUCUCAUGAGUGAUCCAUUGGAUUUGGCAAUCAUUUACUCGAAAAAAGACCAAGAAAUCAACUACUUCUUCACCAGUUACAACAAAGGUCAAAAAAUCUUGUUCAGAAUCUACUUCUCGCUUGCCGAUUGCCAUUCGGUUACUUGUAAUGGUAUCGAUAAAGUUUCUUCGUCUUAUCAAACCUCGGUGUCAUCGCCAACCACCCCAACUUCUUCAUCAAGUUUCAAUCCCAACCCUUCCCCAUUAAACUCCGAGCUCACCCUUUGUCUUUCUAACUGUCCACGGUUCGCAGUAUACUUCACUUUUCCAGAUACAAACUCUCCUGGUAGCAUGGGUGAUGCUAGAGCCAUGUGGACCCCUUCCGAAGAUUUCAGUGUCGAUCACCAAGUGAGAAACGCUUAUUUUGGUGUUGGAGGCAAAUCGAUUCCUCAUAAAAUUGUUGGGAGAACCGUUGCAUUGAAAAUCCUUGAACAAGAAAUCACAAAGUAUAUUGAUUGUGAAACUCCUCAUCUCAACAAUACCGGGAUCAACAAUAACUACACAAUGUCAUUUGGUAGUGGCAAUGGCGCUCAUGCUCAUGGUCCUCCUCCUACUGGUCCUCCUGCUGCUCCUCCUUCUCAUCUUCCUCCUGCUGCUCAUGGUCCUCCACUUGCAAUGGCUAAUAAUACCUCUUUGUAUCCACCACCACCUCCGGUCGCCCAUACUCAUCACCAACCACAAAACUCGUUAUCGAGCUACAGUUUCCCAUCAGCAAUCACCAGUUCGUCUUCUGAACCAUCGUCAAACUUUGUCGGCGCAAACUUUGGUUCUAACCUUGGUAGUAUUGGUAGCGCUUCUGCUUCCGGGCUUGGCCACGGUCAUUCUGGUUCGAUGUAUUCUUUGGCGUCUCCUGCCAGUACUCCUACUAGUGUAUCGGUCAAUGAUUUCUACGGGUUCAAUAAUUCUAGUGGUAAUCUUUACAAUAAGGCCUCGAAUUACAUGCUGGCGCCAAAUACCGGAUACCAAGCUAACUCAGGUUAUACCCCUACCCCGACCACCGCCCCAACCGCCGGAGGACCUGGAGAAGAAGCCAUCACUUCUCCUUCGAGAUCAAGAUCUUCCCCGGUGUCUUCGUCAAAACAUCACCAAAUUUCCCCUAGUUCGGCACCACCUCAACAACUAGCAAUUCCUCAACGUCAUAUGAGUGCGGUGGCAAUGAGCGUGCCAAUGUCUCAUGCCCCACCACCGCCACCACCACCUGGGUACAUGGUGCACCAUCAACAACAACAACAACAACAACAACAAAGGGGUCAGGAGUUUUAUUAUCCUCCACCACAAUUCAACGCUCCUCUUGGCCAACCACCUCAAGGAAUGCAAAGCUAUCUUCCAUCACUUCAACCAUUGAUGGCUCCUCCAAACAUGGUCGCCGCUGGAAUGACGAGAAUGCACCAUCCGGAAGAUGAUGAAGUUGCUGAAGAAUCCAAGAAUUGA